GGUAUUAAGAAUUAAGAUUAUGAACUAUGCAACUUGAAGUAUCAUGGAUUAUAAACGUCAACUGGCUAAUCCUGGAACUUCAAUGUUCAAUGUCGAACAUUCAAGCUGGGGUACCUAGCACAUACAUACCUACCUAGUACCUAGUAGUACCCUAGGACCUACGACAUACUACAGGAUCAAGUCGAAGCCACAUGCAAAGAUUGCUCCCUGAGCCUUUUGAACUUUUGAACGCGACACAUCCACACCCACACCACACAUCCAUCUAUCCAAUCUUCCAUCAAAGUCGCAGCCCUCACAAUUAACAGGGGGAGGGGUCAUUCGACACACCCGACAACAACUAUUACGAAGUCGCAUAUUCCGUGCCAUCCAUUCCGAUCCGUUCCAUUCACCUUAGGUGCUCACGCUAUACAGUAGCAUACAGUAGCAUACAGUAGCAUACAGUAGCACCUAGGUAAUCUCCAUCAUACCUCCAUACUACUCCAUACUACACUCAAACAAGCCGAAUCCGAAAUCGCCUUGCUUUGCGAUCCAAGCCACCCGACAUUUCCCAGAUUCUUACGAGCCGAUUCUUACCACAGCCCAGUUGACAAGGAGAGGGGGGAAACAACAUAGAAGAUGGCAUCCUCCUCGUUCAGAGAAUCGAUGAAUUCCUUAGGAUGGUCGCGACGUGACAGGGAAUAUACGGCCAAUACGUCACAGCGAUCCGGGCUUCUUUCUUCAAUACAAUCGAUGAACCCCUUUGGAGAUCGUGGAUAUGUACAACUACCCACCACAGAGAGUGCCGGCGCUCCUUUACCAGCUAGUACCCGUCGCGAAGAGGAAGAGGGCUGGUUUAUCCUGAGCCGAUGGGACCGACUACUGAUAUUCGGCGCUUGUAAUCUGGGUGCUCUUGCAUGCUUCGUGCUCUGCUUUGCUCUAUGGCCUGUUCUCAUGACCAAACCUCGCAAGUUUGUUAUCUUAUGGUCCUUUGGCUCGGUUUUGUUCCUCUCUUCCUUUGCCGCUGUGAUGGGCCCUAUGGCAUACUUCCAGCAUCUAAUCUCCGGGUCGCGUUUACCCUUCACUGCUGCCUACUUUGGCUCGAUUGCCUUGACUAUAUACUUUUCUGUUGGGCUACACAGUACCAUCCUUACUCUAUUGUCUGCUAUCGUCCAGAUGGCAUGCCUACUCUGGUACCUUGUCAGUUACUUCCCCAUGGGCUCAAGCGGUCUCCGUCUUGCCACGAACUUUGGCGCACGGAGGGCGGCUACUUGGAUGACUGGUUAGGCCCUCCUUGUUGUAUCUUAGGAUGUUUCCAUCACGCCGUGGCUAGAUAUUUAUUGGCCUUAGUUGUAAGUUGCGAUAAUCAGACUUUCAUACUAAAUCAAGAAAAGAGAAGAGUACCUAAGAUUUUCAUGUUGUCCAUGUCUCCUAGUGCCACUCUGCGUGUCAAAAUUGAAAGCCAACCACUCAUGGCAUUGGCUAUGGUUAUACAGGUUAGGCCUUCUAUUUGGCAUGCCCACCAUACAUAAUGAGAACGACACUGGUUCAUCGAUAUCAUAGUCAAGACUCUCACCCAGAAUGGUAUCCUGGGAUGGUCUGUGCUAUGAAAUAAUCGUAGCUAGAGUAACUAGAUGCAAAUUGAUUAGAUUCUAAUUUUAAUUCUGUUCUGCCGC